AUGAAUUCAUCAAGAUAUGGAGUGGGAAAUCGAUCAGGUGCUUCAUAAAGCCAAAACUAAUUGAAGCCUGCCAAAGGGUUGUGGGGAAAGUUGAUUAGAUUUUUCUAAACAGGAUGGUUGAAUCCAAGAACUUUAUAUAGACAGUCAAGAAGGUUGUUGUGGGUUGGAACAACAGGAUUAAUAUUUUUGAUUGCUCCAUUUGCAUUUUCACACUUUUUGGAAGUUAGCGAGGAAUUAUCAUAGAUAUCAAGAAUGGGUGCUUAAGAAAUGAGCAAAAUUUGAUGAAUGAUUAUUAUUAUAUAUGUUCAGGGAAUAUUGUAAAUCAAUUCGGGAAAAGA